GUGCAUUUCUCUUGUUUCUUCAAGACAUAGGUAGUAUUGCUAUACUGUCGAAAAGAUAGUGAGAACUUGUCAAAAAAGUGUUGCUGAGUCAUGCUUUCUUGAAACAAUGAUAAUUUUGAUUUGUAUUUGAUUAAGCGAACGUUAUUCUUAUUGUGUAGUUCUUGAUCCCUAAUCUUUUGGGGCAUAUCGAGCACUCAUUUGUUCAGCUGGUGCUGUACAUACAUUGAAGAUACCACAACAAGAUCAUCAAGCAACAAGAUGUCGGGUCUCAUUCCUCCUAGCAGACAGGGAAAAAGAGCUGCAUGUGGUCGAGCAAGAGCCUGUCUCUUGAUGUCACGAUUAGCAACAGCUUAUGCUGUUAACAACGCACCUGAAGAAGUAUUCCCUGUGCAUCAGCGGGGCUUCUUCAUGUAUAAGAACUUCGAGGGAGGUCUCUCGCCUGCCGAAGUCAUACAAAGAGAUGCGGAGAGAAACAAAAUCAGAAUUAUGAUGGAUCUUCAUUUUCAUGCUAAAGAAAACGAGAUGGCAUGGUGACAGUGAAAAUACAAGGACACAACUACAGUUCUAACUGCUAGUUCUUGUUGAAGUAUAAUUCAUUGAAUUGGAAAAUAAUAACUUUAUUGACUUCCACCUUCUGCCCUCCACCUCCUGACUGACUAUUGUUUCCCCCCCGCAGUACAACCGCAACUAUAAGCUUCUGAAAGCUCUCCUCCUUUCAUACCAAAUAGACAGGGUCACGUGGACGAAGAUGCAGUGCGGAGACAGGGUGUCAGUGACGAAAAUUAUGGUUUGCUUUUAUCCAUCUUUCUCGGCAUAUUGGUCCCCUUUUGCCUUGUAUUCUCAUGAAAUACAAGGGGAAAGGGGUCGAGAUGAUGGAUUAAAGCCGAGUCUAAGAAAAAUUGGUCUAUUCGAGUUUUCAUGACCCAAUCAUGCUCUACGCUAGCUACUGGGAACCGACCGAAGACGACCCUCUGGGAUUGGAAUUGUUGAAGAGUUAAGGCCUAUUGUUUUUCUUGUCUGCUUAAGCCUUAUCUGACGUCCCGGUAGACUGAUGCCCCGAGGUCCCACAGUGUAUCCGAAGCCAUUGUGCUUGAAACUUUAGAACCCGUUAGCUGGUUGAAUACUGCCCAGAGGCUUAAUCAAUGUUGGCCUGGGUGGAGGGGCACCUGAAUGAGUUAAGCUGCUAGAACAGAAGCUGCCAUAACAGAACUAAUCGACAAGAACUAAUAGUGGUUCUGGUCGUGGAUCAUCCUCUAUAACUGAAUAUCCCCCCACUCUUGACUACUCUCACUGAAAACGUCUUCCGUGGGCCUUAGUACUGGUCGUGCUGGUCGUCUUCUAACAAAAACUGGAUGAGGGACGCGAUUUGCCUGAAGUGCCGAAGCGGUUCAAGCACCGAGCGGCGCCGAGUAACUUCAUCGACGUGCACUGCUGGACAGAGGAGUCUAUCAGAGGCUAUGCUGCUGCCAGACACUUCAAUUAAGGCUACCUACCGCUCAAUCAUCCGCAGCAUGCAUCAUCCCUGUUUCUUUUUUUUCUACUUGAGAACCUUCUUGCACAACAUCACGACUUCAAGAAUUAUAGGGUUAGUAGUUGCUCUUAUUCUAUUAAACUUAAAAAAGAAGAACCCAAGGACGAAGAUAUGCCUCUACCCAGGGAGGAUGCUAGCGCGGUAGCUCUAAUGCAAGCAUCCGAUUUUGAGCUGCAAUCUGGAGGAAUUCGUUGGAGAGGCAGGUGCCAACUGGCACGACAGCUCCCAAUGGGAGCCUUGUGAGGAUCUGAAGACGGAGAUUGAACAUCUUCUAUUACGACUUGUUCUGGAAGCGGUCCAUCUUGAGAGGCAUCUUGGCCCUUCUCUGUAGAAGCAGCCUCUCCUUCGGUCUGUGACAUCGGUUCAACGAGGAGUCUAUCUAUCUGUCCUUGCACUCCUCGUCCGGGAUGUUGACAAAGAGGUCCUUUGAAGACCUCAAAUUUUGAAAUAGGUCCUCGUCCGGGAUGUUGACAAAGAGGUCCUUUGAAGACCUCAAAUUUUGAAAUAUAGGUCCUCUAAUUCGCCGUGGUUGGUUAGUCUACGAUCAGAGGGGAAAUAUCGUCCGCAAUGUGCGAAAUUUUCGCUCGGAACAUUCUCGACGGAUUCGCGAGCCAGUGGGCCUUAGUGCAGGAAGACGAUCGGCAGAAACCACGGUUUUCGAAUCUAGUAUUAAGGCUUCCCGUAAUUCAUCUGGAGAAGCAUCUUUGCCACGUUUUCAAGGGGAGAACACGUUUAAGAUGCUCUUCGAGAGGAAUAUAAGUAAGGUCUAAUAGUAUGGGAGGAGAUCUACGUCUACCGCCGGGAGAGGAUCUGUUUUAAGGCCUGGGAAAAUAAUUUAUCUUCCGCAAGCAACAUCUUGGUUCCGUUUUGGUGCGAAAAGUGCACUCAACCAAAGAAUUUUUAAAGAGCACCUGAAAGUAGGUGGUCUGACUGACAGGGCAAUGCCUAUUUACUUCGUGCUAGGCGAAUUCAUUUUCAUUCAAAUUCAUUCACCAAGAGCCAGUGGCCUUUUUUUUUACCUAGGCUCACAUUCUCGCAUCCUACCCCUACGAUAAACCUGAACGGAUCGACCACGGCCACCUGGCCUAGAUGGAUUAAGAUUAUUUAGUCAGAAGUGUCCUCUAAUAUUGAGAUCGUAUUUUACGUGCAGGUCGCAGACGGGGUGCACGGCAAGUCCGACCCUUGCGGUCUUCUGAGCCAAACCGUGUAUUAAGCUCCACUCUUUGUACAAUUGUUUUGUUUUGAGAAGCAUCUUUGAUGUUGACCCUUCUCACCGUGCAGCUUUCGCUUCGAAGAAUUCUAGUAAGUAGGACCGUUUUUUUUCUCGCUUCUUGUCGUUUGUGUAGCUAAGAAAGCUUUAUCAGCCACAUUAGAGUACUAACAUGGCAAGUACUAGCUUAGUCUUUCUAAAUGUAGAAAUCCAGUGCAUCUAGUAUGAUCACUACCGAAAUAGUAGCAACUGCAAGGUAGACGAGGCAAUGUUAAUCAUGUAUCUCUUGAGAGCUGAUCCUACAAUUAUUAAGAGACUGACACUCAAGACCACAUGACUUUCAAUAUAAGCAAAAAGUGAAUACGUAUACCUUCGGGACACAAAAUCAUCUAAAAAGGGCACCAGGUAGGCGCUUCUCAAGAGAGGUAGUGGCAGAUCUUUUCCGCGACCCUCAUGGUCCUCGUAGAACAACGAGUGGCCCUUUCUUGGAUCUUGCUCGUCGUCGCACUUCUCUAUGGGUGUACAAGGUGAAAUCAGACUGAUGAAAUAUUUAGAAAAACCCAGUUUUCGCGAAUCCUAGUUCUGGAACAUCUUCGCCGUUUCGGUUGGAUAGUAUUGCUCUAUUUUUUACGUUUCUACAGCUAACAAAGACAACGAGCCUCCAAGAAUAGAAGAAUCUCAUCUAUAUCAUGAUGCGUAUCAGUAUCUUCUGCUUAUCAGUAGAUGAAGCAGCUCCUAAAAAAGGUAAGGAUCUUCGUUCUUGGUUCUUCUUCAAUGCCUCCUAAUGCUCGGUAGUUCUUGUUCAUGUAAACUCUUCUAAUUAUACCGAGUAGCGAACGACAGGCGCAAAUCGAGAGUGAUCGCUUGAUGGCUUUGAGGAUACAGAGUGAAGAAGAAUCGGGGAGCCUGGUCAGCGGUGAACAGCAAGAGGGAGGAGGAGAUUCGGUUUCUGAAAUAAGUGGAGAUGUUGCGAGCAGCCGUCGCGAGCGGGAACAAGAGGAACAAGACCUAGAACAAGAUGCGAGGAGCGAGGAAGAGGAACAAGACGUAGAACAAGAUGCGAGGAGCGAGGAAGACGAUCAAGACCUAGAACAAGAUGCGAGGAGCGAGGAAGAGGAACAAGACCUAGAACAAGAUGCGAGGAGCGAGGAAGACGAUCAAGACCUAGAACAAGAUGCGAGGAGCGAGGAAGACGAUCAAGACCUAGAACAAGAUGCGAGGAGCGAGGAAGACGAUCAAGACCUAGAACAAGAUGCGAGGAGCGAGGAAGAGGAUCAAGACCUAGAACAAGAUGCGAGGAGCGAGGAAGAGGAACAAGACCACGAAGAAGACCCCAGAAGAAGUGAUGAGGAUCAUGAAGACCAUGUCUUCAGCACCCCUGAGGAAGAUGCAGUAGAAGAAGCCUCCGCGUGGGCAGCCACGUGGAGUUCCACGAGAGUGGCGGAACAACUCCACGGACUAUCUUUUUCAUCAGAAGAAGAUCCAAGAACAGAAGUAACAAGGAUCGAAGAAGCAGAUCUUACGCAUCAGACCACAAGGCAAGCAAGUAUUACGGCUUCGUCCCCUAAUCCAUCUUCGGAAGCACCACCUUAGCGACGUUUUCAAGGGUAAAGAAACAGUCUCGGGAUGGACUUGGAGAUGGAUUAGGGUGAGGUCUAAAAGUAGACGUGGGGGUGCCGACGUUGACGAGGAGGAUACUUUUCAGAUGGUGCCUCAUGUUGAUGUAGAAGGAGGCACAGACUUCCCCACAGGACAUGAUCAUGUGGUUUUCCAGCGUGAUGGCACUUUGGAAGCCCAGAUUCAAACAGACGAAGAAUACGCGCGCGCGUUGCAAAGAGCUUUCGUUAAGGCGAGCAUCAUCUCACUAUCUGGUGUGCUAGGAAUAAAAUAAUCCUCCGUGAAGUGCCUUCUCUUUGUUUUUUUAAAGGGAAUACAGGAAUAGUCAAAGGAAAAGACAGCAAGCCACGCACUCAACCACGGUAGUGCUCAAGGCCGUGAGAAAGAAGUUUUUCGCACGAAUGUGAUUGCAACAUGCAUACCUUUUCUAAGGUAAAAACCAAAAAUCAAACCAUGGAGUGAGUGUUCAAAAAUACUAGUCUGCUUCUGUUAUAAAUUUAAGUAAGAAAAUCAGAGGGUUGUAUGACAGCAAGCCACUUACUCACUCAACCACAAUUUUUAGUGAGAAACUACCGCUAAUUUUGAUGACGAGGAGGGAAAUCACCGGGAAGAGGAACGUCUCCGGGACACACAGGAAACACAUCAGGAUAUUAGCUCCUCUGCUUCUGGUUUGGUACAAGGGGGCACCUCUGAAGCCCCAACUUCGCCAGCUGUGCAUGGUGUUUAAGCAACGGUCGCUGUACCUCUAGUAUUUUAUUUUUAGUUCAGAAAAAACGAUAAAUGUAAUCUUAUCUUUAUCUAUGCAGCUGUAUAUAAAGGUGGGUGCUACAGAUGGGCACAACUACAAGGUACUAUAUUAAAAUACUUAGUUUCUACUAUUUAGAUAUGAUCCAGUUCCCCUGUUCUGCAAAUGUAUAAAAUAAGAAGAUGAAGAAGAUGAAGAUGAUGAUCCUAGUACUUUCAUGAGUAUGAAGAUCAUCAACAGCAUGAACAUGAUGGAAAUCAUUGCAAUCCCAUAGUGACAAAGAUCACACCACUGGAGUACCAUGCUAAUGAUGUGGAUCCUUAUCGUGAUACUUGUGAGCAAGAAGGUCCACACAUUUGACAACUUUGCAACCGCAUGAGAAUCAUGCAAAACCUUCACGGUUUGCACCAAUGAAACAGGCCGGGAAUUAUAUAAAAAACGCAUCACCUUGAGGGUGAAGAUAAGCAGUCCUAGCGUUCACAAACAAGAUAGAAGGAGGCUCGAGCUUGUGGAUCUCGUUAUGAUUGGCGUGAUUUCCCCCGCGUCAGUUCAGGAACAACUGUUUGAUGUUGCCCAUAGUAGUUGACUGAGCAAAUGGAGAUACGCUUAGGUGAUUAUUAUCGGACGCCUACGAUUCGCAGCCAAGCUCCUUCUAUACGGUUCACCACUUCUACUGUGCUAGCAAGUACACGCAGAGACACUGUCCGGAACUAAUUAUUGCGACACCGAGACGAAUCCUCUAGCAGUUCACCACGACCUGCCGAAGACCAGUCGUCCUUGCUUUAUGCAGCACAGGAGUCCUGGCAUGCCAAUCCAGCACGUGUUGACGCUCCAGAAGAUCCCGUAUCUCGUGUUCCUCCACUAACCAGCAGUACACCAAAAGCAGCUGGCACGAGCACAACGCAAGAUCCUCGCUUCCCACCAGGAACUAUUUCGCCAGCAGCUGCUCGCCAGGCUUUUAUCGAGCGUGCGAUUCGCGGGCGCGGAAGUGCCGCCUCUAGUACUAGCGUAGUUAAGGCUGUAGUACACAAAAUGUAAAUGUACUUGUUCAGAUGUAUAAUUGUAGUAAUCUCGUCUCUACGGAGGUCAUCGUGAACGAUGAUAACAGGGACCACACAAUGCAAUUUUUACUUUGACAGACUGCAUCCUGGAAAAGUAUUCUAUUCGCAUCUAUUCAAAUUAAUACUUCUUCGCUAAUCAAGGGUCUAGGACUCUGCUUGAAAGAUGAAGAGAAUUCAUUUGCAUGGAGGAAGAAAAAGUCUCCGUCUAAAAGUAGCCGUUCACGUUCUGCAAGUCGUGCUGGGCGGGUUGGCACCGCUCCUCCAGAUCUAGCAGGUCCGGCUUUAUUACCUCCUGGCUUCUUUGAUGACAGUGUAGUAGCGUUAAGGCUGAUUAUAACGAACUCAUUUGUUCUACAAGUCAUUGCCAUUUCUUGCUGUUUCCUUCUCAGGAUUGCAAGAAAUGCAGUACGCAAGAAAUAAAUUCUUUUGAGUUCUAACAGAAACCGCUUCUUCCACUACAAGAACUGCAACUACAAGAACGGCACUUGCCGGAAACUCGUCAAGUUUUCUAACGGUUUUCAAAUUACCUUUUGCUUUUUUAAACAUCCUUGAAGUAGUAGUAGGGAAGAGUAGUAGAAAGUGGUAGAGAAGUAGUAGCUCUGAGGAAUUUUGUAGUAGAAAAAAAGGCCAAGGGCAAGGAUGUUCUGAGGAAUGUAAAAAUUCUGCAACCUGCUCUAACAAGUGCUGGCGCACAGCGCGAUACUCCUGAACGGGAAACAACACUUCGUGGCGGUGGAAACGCAGGUCGUGCACAUCAGACGAGCAGCGCGGGAGACCAGACACAGAUAUCACGCUCCGAUGAUUCCAGCAACAGGACUUCUAUGAUUGCAGCAACAGGACUUCUUCGUCCGGGGGGUCUGAACCAGUUGAUAAGCAUCUUCGUGAUGUCUCUUGGCAUUGUCGGUGUAGGUCUGGUGGCAUGUGCCAUCACGAUUGUGCUACGUACUAAGGGAAAGUGUUGCACGAACAAUAGUGGACGAAAAGGAAACUGA